AAACACGCACUUACAACGAAACCGCCAUUGUUGGAAGCGUGGGGAGAAGGCCGGAAGAAAUCGACACCUUGAAUCUGGCUAUCUAAAACCUUAAGUUCAAGAUUUUUUUUGGCACGUUUUGUCACCAUGAGUAAGGCACAUCCCCCAGAACUUAAAAAAUAUAUGGACAAGAGGUUAAAUUUGAAACUGAAUGGGGGUCGUCAGGUGUGUGGCGUGCUGCGAGGGUUUGACCCAUUCAUGAACCUCGUUAUGGAUGAAUGUAUGGAAGAAACCAAACAGGGAGAAAAACACAGCAUUGGCAUGGUGGUGGUUCGAGGCAACAGUAUUGUGUUGUUAGAGUCACUAGACAGAGUAUGAAACAGAAGUGACUGUGUUCUUGGGGAAAAAUCCAUUUUCAUCUCAUCUCAUUAUGUAGCAUUAUCAAAGAACAGCUGGCCCUUUUGGAUAGCGAGAGAAGCCGGGAGAUGUGUGAGGGAUCCAGUGUGUGGAUGCACCCAGUGGUGUAUCUGUGUGACAGGAGAUGGCAACAUAGACACAACUUUUUGUUUUAAUCAGUACAUCUUCAUCAUGACACGUUUUUGUGUCAUGGUUUCAUUUGUGUGUUCAUUCAGAAUCUUCUCAGUAAAGCUUUGUCUUAAAUAACUACUAUUUGUUGCUGUCAAAUUUGCUUAUAAAUAUAAUGUUGAGGGUAUGAUGACAAUUUUGAGGUUGGUUCAGUUAAGUCAACACAUGUUGAUGUAAGACACAUGGAGAAGUAUGUAGCAAACCAUGGGCAUGUACCUGUUUAACACAGGGAUUAGGAUCGCCCUUUUCCCUAAACUAAACACAACUGUCAACGACUGGCUUACUUCAUUGUCUACUUUGUGUUGUCAGAAAUAAAUUUUAAAAAAGGU